AUGACAUGUUUGUCUGAGACUUUGGCAUUCUUGGUUCUUUUCUUUUGCCAAACGGACAUUGGAUCGAAAAAGGACGGCGCCCUGAUCAUGAUUUGUCCUGGGCAGGACUUUAAAAGGCCCCGAUUCUCUACGUUGAGGAUCGGCACGGAUGGGUUUGCAGCUGCAGUUCGGGAAUUAUGUCUGUCUCCCUCUGCGAAUAGGAAAGGUUAUCCUGGCAACCCAAUUACGCCAUUUGGCGCACGAAAAUGUCCAGAUUAUGCUCAGAUCCACGGAUCACCGGAUCAUGAGCGUUGGACAGGUGGGCGGCUCCGGCCCCCGCCCCCGAAGAUGGCCGAUGUGGCCCCGGUCUCCGGACCGGCUUCCAGGCCCGCCGAAGGCAACCUGGUUGAAACGACGAUCGAGAUCGACAGCAAUGUCAGUAUUUCUUGUCACAAUCGCCCUCUGGGCAUAUACUGUGUUAAAAUUCGCAUUAUGCGGAAAUAUCGAGAUGUAGCACGUACUCGCGUACUGUGUUUGGUGCUCUUCAGCUGCGAAGCUCAAGAGUCCGACCCACCGUUGCAGCUUGUGGGCGACUGA